ACCUACAUCUCCCGGCUCAGACCCGGGGCGCUUCGCAAUGCCAGUGCUCCAGCAAACCCGUGCCGAAGAUCAUGGGCUGUGACGCAUGCCUUUAAUCCCAACGCUCAGAAGGCAGAGACAGGCAAAUCUCAGUGAGUCUGAGGCCAGCCUGGUCUAUACAGGAAGUUCCAGGACAGCCAGGGUAAUGUAAAGAGACUAUCUAAACCACAAACUAGUACUGAACCUCUGGUCGCCACCUCCGCGCUCCCAGCCCCACCCCUCUAGAGCCUCCGCAGCCCUCCACAGGCCCCGCCCCGCCGCUCUAGCCGGAGCUCCUCUCGUUAGUGGAUGUGAGUCCAGUGACCUCAGGGCUCCAAAAAGUUUGGAACUGAAUCUCUUCUAAUGUCUACUCAAAGGUCUCUGGAACUCGAGGUUCCUGAAGAGCUCCACUAAGGACUCCAGAUCGCCAGCCUCUGUGUGUACUUCUCUCCUAAUUUGAAGAUUCAUUUCCUAUCUCCUCAAACUCACUACUAUUCAACGUGUCAUGGUUUCCAAACCCAGGACUGAAUGGAGCACUGUCCUGUCCCACCUGGUAUUGGCAGGGGUGUCCCUGCAUGCAGCGGUGAGCUCUGUACAGUCCAGUCGAGGAGCAGCUGCCGGCUUCCUGCUCCAGACCUUUGCUGCCAUCAUUAUGUUGGCCCCAGGGCCGAGCACACAUGAAGACUGUCUCGCUGGAGCUUGGGUUGCCACAGUCAUCGGUCUGCCUCUUCUGGCCUUCGAUUUUCACUGGGUGAAUGGGGACCGCUCUUCUGCCAACCUGCUUCUGGGAGGAGGCAUGGUGCUGGCAGUGGCUGGUGAUCACCUGGGCCCUGAAGGGUGCUCUGUCGCUGGGCAGGCAGUACUGCUGGUGGUUGCAGUGACCAUCCUUAUUGUGGCUGUUUUCACAGCUAACACUUACGGGAUGUGGGGGGGUACCCUGCUGGGUGUGGCAGGCCUCUUGAGCAGGCUGGAAGAAGACAGGCUGCUACUGCUGCCAAAGGAGGAUGUCUGUCGUUGGGCCCUGGCUGCAGGUAGUUGGGCCUAUUGCAGGGCCCUGCACACACAGCGCCUGCAGUGGGAGUGAUUGUAGCACUGAUUGGGGCUUCUGUGCCAGGUACUACUAUGCCUCCUACCUGCCCACAUGUAGAGCCUGUUAUAAUUUUACUAAUGGGCAGAGCUUGGGUGCUAUCCCUUCUCUAGUCAUGCAUGUGUGGAAGUUUACCUAAACCAGAAUGCUAACAACAGGUCUUCAGGACACUUGGGGCCUGGGAGGAACAUGGUUGUGAGUCAGAGACCUGAUUUCCAAUAAACGUAAGGAAUAUACAGGA